CUGAUCAACACAUUUAUUGAAAUUUUUUUGAUUAAAAUUGUUACACUUUUAAUUACGAUUAUGAUUUGAUUAAGAUUUUUGAAUUAAUCUAAUUUAUUAUCAAUUUUCAGUCAUGAGUUUACUUUCACUUUCUUCGUCUAAAUCUAUUGUGUCACAUUCUUCAAAGGUUUCAUUUAAUCGUGGAUUAGCUUCUCUAUGGCCUAUUAAAAAUCCGUUCAAAAAAUCUAGUGAAACAAAGUCAGUUGAUGAGUUACCAUUACAACCAAUUGAUCCGGAACCUAAAGCUCUUUGGGAGCAUUUAAAUGAUGAACAAAUUGCCAAGAUUUGUGAUCGAUCAGGUUUGGACGAUGAAUCGAAAGAAUUAGAGAGAAGGCAACUCUUUGGACCUGUUAAAUUUUACCAAUUAAGAAAAUAUAAAAGAGAAAAUGUAAAAAAAUUCUAUGCUUAUUAUGGAAGAGAUAGUGGACUAAAGCCGGGCGUUUGUUGGCCUAAUGUAGAAGAAGCAGAUUUCUAUGAUAAAUUUGAGAAGACGUUCUAUCCAUCAUUGGAGAAACUGAUGGCAGAUAAUGAAGCGGAAAAGCAAAGAAUUGCAGCCAUCAAGAAGGAAAGAGAAGAUCUUGUCACCAAAGGUCUCGCUCAAAGAGAUGAGCUUAUUGCUCAAUUCUACGAAAAGAGAGCAGUUAAAUUAGCUGAAGAAGAAGAGGCUAAGAAACGAAACGAGAAACUAGUAGCCCAAGUUCGUGAAUAUUUAGGAUUUAACAUUGAAAAAUCUGACCCAAGAUUCCAAGAGGCCUUAGCCAAGAAGGAAGAGGAAGAACGAGCCAAGGCUAAAGCGGCCACAAAGAAGGAUAAGAAUGCCAAAUUAGCGGCCAUGUUACAGAAAAUGUUAGAUCUUCCAAAGGACGAGAUAAAAUCCAGUGAAAAACAACCCGAAACAAAAACAGACAAAUCAGUGAAUCGACCAAAGGACGAAAAGACAGAGUAAAAAUGGAAUACAAUUGUUGAUUAUUAAUGAACUUAUCCAACUGGAAAAGAUAAUCUUCCGAAAAUGAUGUCUCAAAUCAUCAAUAUUAGCUCAAGCUCAGGAGAAAAUCAUGUUGAUUUUUUGCUUUCAUUUAUAAAGAAAAAAUUCACAAACUGAUUAGUAAAACGAUUAAGAUGUAAAUUAAAUGAGACAUGUAAAGAAAUUUUCACCAUA